CGGAAGUGGCGGCGGGCGGGGGGAUGUGGAGAGCGGGCAUGGCCGCCGGGGACGGGCUGGGCCCGGCGCUGCGCGCCGUCACCGAGCAGCUGCAGCAGGCGGCGGCGCGGCGGCCGCAGGGGCUCCCGGCCGUGCAGCCGCGGCUCGUGGCCGUCAGCAAGACCAAGCCGGCCGAGAUGGUGAUGGAGGCGUACAGCCACGGGCAGCGCAGCUUCGGGGAGAACUACGUUCAGGAGCUGCUGGAAAAGGCAUCAGACUCCAGAAUUCUGUCGUCCUGUCCAGACAUCAAGUGGCAUUUUAUUGGCCACCUGCAGAAGAGCAAUGUCAACAAGCUGAUUGCUGUCCCAAACCUGUUCAUGUUGGAGACAGUGGAUUCUGUGAAACUGGCAGACAGAGUCAACAGCUCAUGGCAGAAGAAAGGAUCAUCCCAGAAGCUGAAGGUCAUGGUGCAAGUUAACACCAGUGGGGAGGACAGCAAGCAUGGGCUCUCCCCUGGGGACACCACGGCUGCAGUGGAGCACGUCAUCACCAAGUGCCCCAGCCUGGAGUUCGUGGGGCUGAUGACCAUCGGCAGCAUCGGGCACGACCUCAGUAAGGGGCCAAAUCCUGACUUCCAGGUGCUGCUGUCCCUGCGGCAGGAGGUGUGUGAGAAGCUGAACUUGCCUGUGGACAAGGUGGAGCUGAGCAUGGGCAUGUCCACGGACUUCCAGCACGCAAUAGAAGUUGGAUCUACAAACGUCAGGAUUGGGAGCACUAUUUUUGGAGAGCGGGAUUAUUCCAACAAAGCCAUCGGGGGCAAGGCCCCUGCUGGAAGUGAAGGCCAGACAGAGGCUGUGACAGUGCAGGGGCACUAAAGGGAAAACAAGUGGCCUCAGCAGAGGAGAAACCUCACUAUGCAUUUUACCUCCCUCCGUGUCGGCACCCUGAUGGUGAGAGGGAAUUCCUCGGAACAGGGGCAGAAAUGCCUCAACCAUUGUGAUUAUAGAGUACCCCUAGAAACUGGAAAUCUUUCUAACCAACAAAUGACAACGAAAUUGAGGGCUGGAAGUGGCUGUGGUGUCUUGGUUCCUCAGGGUCAUCAAGGACAGAGACUUUGGGCAACUGGGUUGGACAAACAAGUGUUUGUCAGGCUGGAGUUGCUGCUGAGCGAGGGGGAUGUCACUGCAGCUGUGCUGGUGCUUGUUUUCACUGAGGACUAAAUACCCAAAAUGUUAUGAUCUUGCCAGAAACCUUUAAAUGUUUCCCCAAGUACAAGUUUUGCAUGUGGGAUGUUACAGAGGAGCUGGGAUGGGGCUGUGACACAGGAGAGGCCAUGGCCAUGGCAGAGGGGUGAGUGACAGGCACAGGGGACUGUGAGGAGCUCAGCUGCCACUGUGAGUUCAUGCUCUGAUGUUUUGGCUGCACAUCACAAGUGUGGGAGUGUCUUCUCAGCUCAAUUUGUCCUUUUCAGGCUGACACUAACUUUCCCCAUGGCUCCAUGGCUGCCCAGAUCUGGAUUGCUUUCCCCCUUCCUUUCCCCUCCUCUGUUGUUGGGAAUUAUUUUCAUCCUGCCCAAUAGUCCUGCUGCUGUUUUUUUGGUCAGAAUGGGGGUUUUCUGCCAGGCCUCUGCUCUGCCACCAGCUUGCUGCUGCUAUCCAAGGUGAAUCCCUCAUGGUUUGGUGCCUGUGCCAUCCCCUUUGCACCUGUGUGAGGAUAACAGUGCUUGGCUUAGGGCAGCAGGGAGCUUUCCUUGGGAAAAUGCUUCAGAAAAGGAAGUGUUAUUGUCCCACUGCAUCCUGGGUUCCUGUAAAAAUCAUUUGGCCACUGAGACAGCUUUCAGACUGUGUCUUAACAUCUUUUCCUGCUCUUGGAAGAGGGAAAUGGGACUGUCACUGCAGUAACUUUCCUUCAGGUGUGAGCAGAAGCUCCUGUGUUGCCCUGUGUUAGAGCUGAUUUUUGGGCUUCUGUGUCUGCUAAGAGGAGGAGAGCUCGGCUGCCAGCAGGAACAUCCUCCCCAGGCUUCGCUCUGUGUGCGUGUGGUUAAAUCCUGCUGUUGGUUUCACUCUCUAAAAGCUGAAUGUAAAUGAAAAGACUCAACUCCAACACCAACCUGUUGUAGCUCCGUGGUUUAGAGGCGCCCUGGGGCUCCCCACGCUGCGCCCUGUGUGGUUCAUCGUCUAGUGAUAACCAGUGCUGAGUUCUAAUGCCAUCUGUGCCAACUCAAAAGCUAUUAAAGAUGUUAUUUUUA